CCAAAACACAAACAAACAAAAAACUCAAGAGUAGUGUAAUCUCAUUACCUUUUCCUCCCUUCACGUACGAAAAAUGAGCAUCAUCGUCAACAAAAGUUCAAUCUCCGAGUCGUUCAAAACCAACCCGAUCCCAACCACCCAAAUCCUCCCACUCGACCUCCGCAACCUCCUCAGCCUCCCCGACUCCCACACGUGGCCUACUUCCCCCGUCCAACCGCCACCGCCGUCCGCCACCAUCCCGGUGGUGGACCUCGGCCGGCCACCGCAUGCAGUCGCGUCGGCGGUGAGGAAGGCCAGCGAUGAAUGGGGAGUGUUCCAGGUCACCAACCACGGGAUUCCGGCCACCCUUCUCCGCGAGGCCGAGUUCCAGGCCAGGAGGCUGUUUGCGCUGCCGGCGGAGGAGAAGCUAGCCGUGGUCCGUUCGCCUGACGGGAUCGACGGGUACGGGCUCGCACGGAUUUCGAGGUUUUUUGCCAAGCAAAUGUGGUACGAAGGGUUUACGAUCAUGGGUUCGCCUGUAAGGCAUGCGAGGCAGCUCUGGCCGAAUGAUUACGCCAAUUUCUGCAACGUUAUGGAAGAGUACCAAGCCCAAAUGAAAGCCCUAUCAGAGAAGCUCCUCGGCCUAAUGUUCAAGUCAUUGGGCCUAGCCCAAGACGACAUCAAAUGGCUCCACUCCAAAACCAAUCACCACCCACCACAGGCCGUACUCCAACUCAACUCCUACCCGGCCUGCCCCGACCCGGCCCACGCGAUGGGCCUGGCCCCGCACACGGACUCAUCCCUCAUCACUCUCCUCCACCAGAGCAGCAACGCCACCGGCCUCCAAAUCUCCGGCGACGGCGGCAACCUCUGGAUCCCGGUGAACCCGAUCCCAGGCGCGCUCACCGUCAACGUCGGCGACCUGAUGCACAUCGCCACCAACGGGCGGUUCAAGACCGCCCUGCAUCGAGCGGUGGUGAACAUGACACGUCAUCGCGUCUCCAUGGCUUACUUCUACGGCACGCCACAGGAGGUGAAGAUAUCGCCACCAAUGAAGCUGGUCGACGUGGACCAUCCACUGCUCUACCAGCCUGUGACGUGGAAAGAGUACCUUGAUGCGAAAGGCAAGUAUUUCAACAGGGCAUUGGAGUUCAUCAAAUGUGAGGCACUCUUCAUUGCAGAUAGAUGCAGGCAGUUAUGAUUGAACAAAAAAUGGCUGCAAAUUUUCUUUGCAGUUUCUCAUUGAUAUCUAUCACUGAUGAUGUUGAUGUAUAUAGUAGUGUGAUGUACAUGAUGAGUAAUCCUACUUCGGGAGAAAGAUCAGAAGAUCCAAAAAAUUGGGAGUCUUUCUACAGGAUUACGUUAGAAUGGACAAAAAAUGGGGACGUACCAAGUCCCAGAAAGCUCCCUUCUACCACAAGAAAGGUGUUACACUAUU